AUGGAGCCCAAGACCCCCGCGGCGGUGGUGUUCCCAGACACAGGGGCGCAAGUGCAGGCGGCGGUGCUGUGCGCCACGAAACACGGCGCCCCCCCCGUCCCCAGGAGCGGCGGGUGCAGCUUCGAAAACCUCGGUACCGCAGACGGCGCCUUAGUCAUCGACCUCUCCAACAUGGCGGCGGUCCGCGUCGACCCAAAAGCAAUGACCGUGACGGCGCAGGCGGGAAUACGAAUGGGCAACCUGUAUUACGAGAUCUUCCGGGCGGGCCGCGCCGCGGGCGGCCGCAACCUCACUUGCCUCGGCGGCACGUACCCCCAGGCGAGGCGGGCGCGGCGGCCCGGGUCAAAGUUGUUUGCAGACAGCCAGGCUUUGCAGCGGGCCUGCAAGCCCCUGGCAUGA